ACAGGUUCUACGUGUUAGAGAUAGGAUUUACGUGUUAGAGGCUACCGCGCUUCGCCACUUGAUUGAUAGGAUUUCCUGGUACAUACAACACGCACUAAAGGUAGAGGUAGACGUACAUGUUCAUUAUCAUUUCGCUCUAAUUCUAGUGUCUUUAAUCUACUCAUUAUUUUCGUCGCUCAUUUUCAUCUCGACAUAGGCAUUGACAGAGAGCAACAUUCCAUGUCGAUUUCACAAUCCUUGAGUACAUCAACCUCUUUUAUCCCGGAAGGAUUUGAAAAACAUGUCCUCCGGAUGACCCCAGCGACGAUCUCGAGGACCAGCCCAGCUGUACGACUACGUGGAGCGACAUUCCUCUCCUUUCGUACUAGUCGUGUGAAUCCAAGAAGCAGAGCAGCACCAUCACCUUUGAAAUUGGAACUUCUGAAGCAUCAGCGUUCUUUUUCGGACUUUCCCAAGACCCAGCUCCCCUCAGAGAACAAAAGCUACAAGAAGAUGGAGAACCCGAAUCCAGCAGAGAUAGACAUUCGCGGUAAUUUAGAUGCUGUCCGCGAAAAGAUACGUGCUGCAGCUAGUUGCGAUCCACAAUUACCACGCUUAGUUGCGGUCUCAAAAACAAAGCCAGCUGAGAUGCUUGUUGCAGCUUACGCACACGGCCAGCGCUUCUUCGGAGAGAACUACGUCCAAGAAUUAGUCGAGAAAAUGGACACCUUAAGCGACUCUUGUCCGGACAUUCAGUGGCAUUUUAUUGGUCAUCUGCAGUCGAACAAGGCAGCGGCACUGGUAAAAGCAGCAGUGGCAUUGAUCAAGGACCCUGCAUUAAUCAAGGACCAACAACAUCAACAUCUCCCUUUGACGAUAGAAACGGUGGAUAGCGAAAAACUAGCGAAAAUGCUUAACGCAGCAGUAGCGAAAGCGGCAAGCGAAGACGCCCAAACUAGCGAGAAUUUGGUACUCUCAGUGUACCUACAGCUGAACAGUUCAGGUGAAGACAGCAAAAACGGAAUCACGGAUAUCGAGGAACUGACAGCAUUAUGGAUGGACUGAGAGUUCAUGAAUAAUAUCACUGGUUCUUUUUGCUCAUAUUAGAUCACUUUGAUUUGAUACAUGUCUUCCAGUGUCGCAGAAAAGCCCACAGAGUUUCAGGUGCAACUACUAGAAUUACCGAUAGCAUCAAAGACCAAUAUUAGAAUCCACUUAUUCAUCCGCCUUCUGCCAUCUUUUUUUCUCAGCAUAAGUACAUUUCCACCUCAUCUAUCUUCCUCUAACCCUCCUCGCACGUUACGUGGUAAAAGAGUGCCCCCAUCUCCGACUCAAAGGUCUCAUGACCAUAGGCGCUCCUGACUAUAGUGGAUGUCGAACUCAGGACUUCGCAUUCAUGAAGGAGUGUCAAAAGAAGCUAGUAGAGGAACUGGGUUCAUCUUUGGAACUCUCUAUGGGCAUGAGUAACGAUUUUGAAACAGCAAUAAGAGAAGGCAGUGACAGCGUUCGUGUAGGCUCUAGCAUAUUUGGGGCUAGAGCUGUUAAGAAGUGAUAACUAGUCGGAGUAUGAAU